ACGUUAAUUAUGACAAGUACUAUACACGUGGACCAGCCACAAGUUCCUGUGUGUGAGACACUUGUUGGUUGUGUUGGCUCUGAAGCUCCUGGUCAAGUCGCCCCACUCCACCAUUAUAUCUGCAUCAAAAUCAUGUUUCUCCGUUAUUUCUGCCAGUGUGAGUCAUGGACUCGUGGAUCAGGCUGAAUGCAAGCACAACGGGAAAGGACAAGCUUAUAAGGCUGAUUCAGUACCUAAGCCGCUUUGUCUGGCACAACUUGGAGCACAGGAAGAACCUGAGGGAUGCUGUGGCCCGCCUCAAGAUCCUGGAGAGUGCUUUUUCUUCCUUUAGAAAAUUGUUACGCCUAGGAAAAAGUCUUGAAGUUCUUCAUGGAGCUCUGCGCACACAACACCUUCCAAACUUGGUCCUGCGUGUCCUCCUCACCUUGUCUAGGAUCUACCAGACCUGCUUCCUCAUGGUUGAUCACAUCAUCUGGGUCGGCAGAGUUGGUCUCUAUGAUAUCAACAAGCAGAAAUGGUCAGAUUAUUCUAAUAAGUUUUGGCUAGGGUCUAUAUUUCUGAAUUUGCUUAGGGAUAUAUAUGAAAUUUUUCAGAUUUUGCAACAGCAGGUUCAGUGCCGGACUCCAGAGCCAUGCCUGUACAAAACUAUCCCAAUCAUAAAAGCAGCUUAUGAUUACAUUCCAGUAACAAGACCAGUGGUACAAUUUGCUGAGGGCCAUCGAGAUAUAUUUUGGGAUAGCUUAAAGAACAUCUGUGAUAUAUGGAUUCCUUUAACUAGCCUCGGUCACACGAGACUUUCUCCGGGAAUGGUAGGACUCCUGGGAAGCGUUUCAUCAUUUGCUGGUCUAGUGGCUGUCUUAGAUCCAUUAGCAAAGCUGGUUCCUACCUAAGGCUAUAACUAUUUCAACUAAAUUACUCCAUUUGAGUGAGAUAUUCCAAACUAGAUUUAAGAAUACAAUAUUGUUGGCUCUUCAAGCCUUUAAAAGCUAAAGCUACAUAGUGACCCACACAUUGUCUUUAUUGGUAGGUUCAAGAAAUUUCCUCAGAAAAAGUACAAUAUAAUUUAUUUUUAGUAGUCCUAUCUUCAUAUCUUUACACCAUUUUUAUAUGAUAAAUUAGAAUUUGUUAAAAAAAAAAAAAAAAUCCAUAUGUCCUAUUCCUGGGUUCAUAAUUGACACCUUGUGUUUGAUCAAAGCAAUGGAGACUUGCAGGGAAUAAGUCACAAUAACAUAUAUGAAAAUCAACACCCCCAACCCACAUGAAACAAAAAUAAAAUGACCAAAACAUCAUCAUUUAACCUUUCUUUUCACGUGUGUGUGUGUGGGUUGCAUUAUUAUUGGAGACUUUGUACUGUAUCACAACAAUGUACCUUCUUGUCUUCUUGUAUAUACAAGAAGGUACAUUGGACUUAUGAGAGUAAAUAGGAUUGAUUUUUUUUACAUUCUUGUAAAGCCACUAGCAUGCAUAGCAUUUUGGGCAGGUCCUUAAUCUAACAGAUAGUUUUAAGUAGGUAAUUUGUUGAAAAAAUUGAAGAAUGUUAACAGGUACAUUGUAAGAAUAUUUGAAGAAAAUUAAUAGGUACAUUACUGUAAAAUUUGAGAAUUCUCAACAGGUACAUUGUAGUAAAAUUUGCAUUCAACACAACAAUCAUGAUGUAAGAUGAUAGCAGUGAUUACAGUGGUGGUGAUGUAUGAUGCAGGCACAUAUAU